ACAUCCGGAGACGCGGUGAUAACAUUUCAGUCCGUGUCCGGGGCUGAUUGUGUCCUGCAGAAUAAACACUGUCCCUGUGGAAAAGCGUCAAACGCGGCCUUGGAGGCGAUCGAAUCCCAAAUUAAGGAGAAUAUAUACAUCACCUCCUCCCUCUGUCCUCACCUCCUCCUCCUCCUCCAACUCCUCUCUCUCUCUCUCGGGGAUCUAGUCGGAUCCAGUCUGGGGGAAGCUGGAGUUCCUGGUGCGAGAUAAUCGGCACAUGAUGUGGGUUAAUGAGGCGGAGAUGCGCGGGGACAAACUCAGACGCGCUCCGCUCCAGCGACGACAGGUGUGCACGGACUGAGCGACGGGAGGAGGAGAAACCGGAGGAGAAGAGCGAGACUUAAGGAGUAAACCCGGAGGGAGAGGUGGAAGGAAACCGGAGAAGGAAGGAGAUUACGCACCCAAGCCUCCCCACGUUCGCGCUAUGGAAUCGGGGCAAAGCGCGCAGGUGGCCGACAUGUCGGGGGAGCACUCCGCCGGGGCCAGCGUGGCGGAGCGGGACCGGGCCGACGUGGCCAGCCCCAGUCCCCCGUUCAAGCAGCGCUCCCUGCGGGCCGUGUACGUGCUGAACGACGGGCUGAAGGCGGUGAUGGCGAGCAGCCCCGAGUCCGGAGCCCUGCAGUGUCUGCAGAGAGCCUGCGACUCCGAGAGCGCGCUGCUCACCACCGUCACCUUCGGGAGGCUGGACUUCGGAGAGACGUCGGUGCUGGACAGUUUCUACGAUGCAGACAUCGCCGUGGUGGAUAUGAGUGACGUGUUCCGGCAGCCAUCUUUGUUUUACCACCUCGGCGUCAGGGAGAGUUUCGACAUGGCCAACAAUGUCAUCCUGUACCACGACACUGACCCCGACACUGCGCAGUCACUGAAGGACAUGGUGGCGCAGAAAAACACGACCACCCGUCCUCCGGUAUUAGGUUUUCCGUGGGUUCAGUUGCCUCCAGAGUACAGAGGCUCUGGAUUGCUCAAUAAAGCCUCCAGUGGUAACUACUACUUCAUCCCCUACAUCGUGACGCCCAACCACGAGUACAUGUGCUGCGAGAGCGACGCCCAGCGCAGGGCCAGCGAGUACAUGCAGCCCAGCUGGGACAACCUGCUGGGGCCGCUGUGCGUCCCCCUGACCGACCGCUUCACCAGCCUGCUGAAGGACAUCCACGUCACGUCCUGCGCCUCCUAUAAGGACACCCUGCUGAACGACAUCCGGAAGGCCCGGGAGAAAUAUCAGGGAGAGGAACUGGCCAAGGAACUUUCCCGCAUCAAGCUCCGGAUCGACAACACGGAGGUCCUCACGCAGGACAUCGUCAUGAACCUGCUGUUCUCCUACCGAGACAUUCAGGACUAUGACGCCAUGGUGAAGUUGGUGCAAACCCUGGAAAUGUUGCCCACUUGUGAUCUGGCAACUCAGCCCAUGAUCCAGUUCCACUACGCCUUCGCUCUCAAUAGGAGGAACAGUCCUGGUGACAGGGAGCAGGCUCUGACAGUGAUGCUCCAGGUGCUACAGUCAUGUGAGCAUCCUGCGCCCGACAUGUUCUGCCUCUGUGGACGAAUAUACAAGGACAUCUUUCUGGACUCAGACUGUAAAGACAUGAAAAACAGAGACAAUGCCAUUCAGUGGUACAGGAAGGGCUUUGAGCUGCAGCCCACUCUCUACUCCGGGAUCAACCUGGCCGUCCUGCUCAUCGUGGCCGGGCAGCAGUUUGAGAGCUCGAUUGAACUGAGGAAAAUAGGUGUGAGGUUGAACAGUUUGCUGGGACGAAAAGGAUCCCUGGAGAAAAUGAACAACUACUGGGACGUGGGACAGUUCUUCACCGUCAGCAUGUUGGCCAGCGACAUCCCCAAAGCGACUCAGGCUGCAGAGAAGCUCUUCAAACUGAAGCCACCUCUCUGGUAUUUGCGGUCGGUGGUGCAGAACCUGCAGCUGAUCCAGAGGUUCAAGAAGCAGAACUUGGAGCAUUCUCCUCAGAGGGAGCGCCUCAACUUCUGGAUGGACAUCAUCGUGGAGGCGACGCAGCGCACCACCAACCGGCUGCGGUUUCCAGUGUUGAUUCUGGAGCCGACGAAGGUUUACCAGCCCUCGUAUGUGUCCAUUAACAACGAGGCGGAAGAGAAGAACGUCUCGAUCUGGCACGUUUCUCCUGCUGAAACUAAGGGUAUACACGAGUGGAACUUCACUGCAAUGUCCAUAAAAGGCAUCAGCAUCAGCAAGUUCGACGAGCGCUGCUGCUUCCUCUACGUCCACGAUAACUCCGACGACUUCCAGAUCUACUUCUCCACUGAGGAGCAGUGCGGUCGAUUCUGCUCCAUGGUGAAGGAGAUGAUAUCUGAUGGGACAGGAAAUGCUGUGGAGCUGGAAGGGGAAGGAGAUGGAGACACACUGGAGUACGAGUAUGACACCGAUGAGACGGAGGACAGGGUGGUGUUGGGGCGAGGAACCUACGGAGUGGUGUUCGCUGGGAGAGACCUCAGCAACCAGGUCCGGAUCGCCAUCAAGGAGAUUCCAGAGAGAGACAGCAGAUACUCGCAGCCGCUUCACGAGGAGAUCGCCCUUCACAAGUACCUGAAGCACAGGAACAUCGUUCAGUACCUGGGCUCUGUUUCUGAGAACGGAUACAUCAAGAUCUUCAUGGAGCAAGUGCCUGGAGGAAGCCUGUCGGCGUUGCUGCGGUCGAAAUGGGGUCCGCUGAAAGAGGCGACGAUAAUCUUCUACACCAGACAGAUCCUGGAGGGGCUCAGAUACCUGCACGAGAACCAGAUCGUCCACAGAGACAUCAAGGGUGAUAACGUCUUGGUGAACACCUACAGUGGCGUCUUGAAGAUCUCUGACUUUGGUACCUCCAAACGUUUGGCAGGAGUCAACCCGUGUACGGAAACGUUCACCGGUACGCUGCAGUACAUGGCGCCAGAAAUCAUCGAUAAGGGCCCUCGAGGGUACGGGGCUCCGGCUGACAUCUGGUCCCUCGGAUGCACCAUCAUAGAGAUGGCCACCGGGAAACCACCCUUUCAUGAGCUGGGGGAGCCACAGGCGGCCAUGUUUAAGGUGGGUAUGUUCAAGAUCCACCCGGAGAUCCCAGAGUCUCUGUCGCUGGACGCCAAGUCGUUCAUCCUGCGCUGCUUUGAGCCCGACCCCAACAAGAGAGCCAUCGCCUCCGACCUGCUCAAAGACAUGUUCGUCAGGCACAACGCGAAGGGCAAGAAGAGCAAGAUCGCCUUCAAGCCAUCAGACUACAUCCACAAUGUUUCCCUGCCGGUGCAGUUGCAGUGCGAGGCCACAGGGAGCAGCAGCAGCGAACACGGCUCCGUGAGCCCAGACUGUGACUCCAAACACGACGUUUUCUUCCAGAAGAAGAAAAGCUCGGGCUCCGAGAACCUGCUCAAACCCCCCAACUCCAACUACCUGAGUGUGCCAGAUGAGGGGUCGGUGUCGGAGGACCGCAGUGCCCCCCCCUCCCCCGAGGACAGGGAUGGCGGCCUGUUCCUGCUGAAGAAGGACAGCGAGAGACGCUCCAUUCUCUACAAGGUCCUCAAUGACGACCAGGACAAGGUCAUCUCCAACCUCAAAGAGAACCACAUCCAGGGCAUUGAGGAGCUCCAGCUGUCCGUCGAUCACAUCAAGCAGAUCAUCUGCAUCCUGCGAGACUUCAUCCAUUCCCCCGAGCGGCGCGUCAUGGCCGCCACCAUCUCCAAGCUCAAGCUGGACCUGGACUUCGACUCCACCUCCAUCAACCAGAUCCAGCUGGUGCUGUUUGGCUUCCAGGACUCGGUGAACAAGGUCCUGAGGAAUCAUCACAUUAAGCCUCACUGGAUGUUCGCCAUGGACAACAUCAUCCGGCGAGCGGUGCAGGCCGCCAUCACCAUCCUGAUUCCAGAGCUGCAGACCCACUUCGGCCCGGCGUCCGAGUGCGAGGGAGCAGAGAAGGAAGACGAGGUGGAUGAGGAGGAAGUGGAGUUCGGCCCCGUCUUAGCUCCGCACGCCGACGACCCCGGCACUACGACCGAACCCACCCACACCGCCGUCAGCACGCUAAACUCCGCCCACUCCCACGAGCACCAGCGCACCCCUCAGCAGCUGGGAGCUCAGCUGGGACGUCUCAAACAGGAAACAAACAGGCUGCUGGAGGAGCUGCUGCAAAAGGAGAAGGAGUAUCAGCAGGUCCUGAAGGUGACGCUGCAGCAGAGGUCUCACGACAUGGAGCUGUGCAGAGUCCGACACAGACCACCAGACAUUUCACCUCCCUCCAUCUUCCACGUCCCAGCCGACCACGAGCCGGACAAGCAGCUCGUCGACUGGCUGAAGGAGCAGGGGGCGGACGCCGACACCAUCGAUAAGUUUGUGCUGGACGAAUACACGCUGACGGACAUUCUCACUGACGUUACCAAAGAUGACCUCCGCUGUCUACGUCUACGGGGCGGAGUCCUCUGCCGCAUCUGGCGAGCCAUCCAGCGGCACCGAGAGCGACAGCGGCUGACGAGCGACAGACGCUCGGAAGACGAUGCAUGACGACACACGGACUCUGAUUUGCAGAAACACGCACAUCCGCUCUCUCUCUUCUCUCCGCCUGCACUGUUCCUUUAGUUGUUGUCUCUGCGUCGCUCACACACGACAAACUGAGUCUCUGCUCGUCCGCGCAUCUCCUCACAGAGUCAGACCUGAUCAGACCAAAGCGCUUUAGUGCCGGCACUACUCUACGUAUCUUUAUGUGCACUUAAAUAUGUAUUUAACAAGUGUAUUUAAUUGUGCUUAAGGAUUUUCUGUGGUUUUGCAUCUUAGCAAACAAGGAACCUGACAAUUCUUUCCUCUAACGUAUGAAACGUCAGCUGUGGACUUGAAAUAUUAACGGAGACACGUGACGCUUUUCAGUUUAACUUUUUACUCUAAAGGGUUUUGUAAAUAUACAAGUUAAAAAGCCCACAGCUGCUGAAACACCUCGUCAGUCGUCGUUAUCUUAUGACAUCACAAAGCCCCCACAUCUGCAUAAUACACGCUCAGCUGCUCGACUGCCACGCCCCCUUUAAACGCCAAGAGAGCAGAGGCCGAGAUUUCCGACGUGCCAUGGAAGCAGCUGACCAAUCACGUCAGAGUGAGCCAGCUGGCCAAUCAGAGCAGACUGGGGCCUUAAAGAGACAGGAGCUAAAACCAAGUGUUUCAGACAGAGGCUGAAAAGAGGAGCAGCAGCAUCGGACAGUCUGAGGAACGUGUUUUCUGAUUGUUUUCAAGUAAUAACCCAAACUUAAACUAUCGACGUGUAAAUGAGAAUGGUACGUCCACUUUAAUGUAAAGGUUUUGUGGCCGAUUCUUCACAGAAAACAGUUGAAAAACUAUCUCAAAGUUCCUGUAACGUGAAGGCACCUCCAUCCAUAUAUUAGCUACACGUCUUUAAACCAGUGAGUCCCAAACAUUUUUAUCUUGUGAUGCCUUAAAAUAACACUUCAUAGCCUUCAUGUCUCCUGGCAUUAUGAGCAGGACAACCAAAAAAAUAUUAUUAUUUUAAAUUAAGAGGUUUGAGGAGGCAAAUAUUUGUGUUUUAUCUAUAUUUUGGGAUUCCAUGGGGAGCAUACUGCCAGGAUGGGAAUAACCAUUUUAAACAACCAUAAUUUUGCCAAUAUAUAGAUACACAGCUUCCACCUCUCACUUCUCUUACACGAUUAGUAUCCAUGAGUAUAUAAGUGCAACUCUUUGCACAUUCUCCUUGUUCUUACGUUGCAUCAAGCGUCAUGAUGUAUUUUAUUUUCCUAAAACCUGGCAACCCACCAGUAUUAUCAGUGUCUCCAUGACCUCCAGACUGAUUUAUGUGUCUAUCCUCAUUUGGGUCUGUCCCCUCGUCUGUCAGCCAAAGUUUAAACAAGACAAAUGACUCAAACUGUCGUAGUUUCAGCUUGAAUUGUGAAUUAUUUCCAAAACACACAAACUAAUGCGUAUACUACCUACAGCCGUCGCCUGUGACCUAAAGCCUUAACUCUUGCAAAGUGAAAACCGCCACACUGAGAUGAUUGAUUGACCCGUGCACACAUCAUGGCUGCCAGUCUGCCUUUACAUUUGUAUGCAAUGUAUUUAUUAUGUACGUGUACGAUUUCCCUGAUAUUCUCAAUGAAUUAUCUGUCGUUGUCUCCUCUGUGUGAACCUGUAUUAAAUUUUUUUUUUUGUAUUCCAACUGUUAUAUGUAAUUAUGUGCUUGUGUGUUUCCCGGUUGCUUUAGAGCUGCAAUAAACCUGGAAAUAAUGGACGAA